CUUUAUGCAGAUGAGGGGGCGGUGCCUGCAUGUUGAUUAGCUGGGCAGGCUGCCGACGCGGCUGGGAGCCUAGCGGGUCCCGCUGCGUUUUGGGCAGAGGUGGCAUCUUUCUUCCGCCCCCUCCUUGUCCCUAAGUUCCUACCCUCCCAGAAUCGCCCUCGACCUUCACCUUCGUCCAUCUCUCCCUCUCCUCUCCGCGCCAGUGCCCCCGAAUCCUAAUCGCUCCACUCGUGGCGCCCCCCUCAUUUCUCCUCUCCGCCGCAAACCCCGCGACCUCCAGCAGCCCGCCCGCACGGGCCCGAUCCUGCCUGGCGGCUCCCGCCGCAACCUCCUCAGCCUUCCCGCUCUCCCAGGGCUCGCGCCACUACACCCUCGGGUGUCUCCCCUCGGGCUUCCCGGUUCCCUCUUCCUCCCGCCCCCUCGGAGCCCCCUCCCCCGCCUUGGCCGGCAGGCAUGCAGGUGUCUAUCGCAUGUACAGAACAGAACCUUCGCAGCCGGAGCAGUGAGGACCGUCUGUGUGGACCCCGGCCGGGCCCCGGGGGCGGUAACGGCGGGCUGGUCGGCGGGGGGCAUGGGAAUCCUCCAGGGGGAGGAGGGUCGGGCCCCAAGGCCCGGGCCGCCGUGGUCCCCCGACCCCCAGCGCCCGCUGGGGCCCUCCGAGAGAGCACCGGCCGAGGCACUGGCAUGAAAUACAGGAACCUAGGAAAGUCUGGUCUACGGGUAUCCUGCCUAGGCCUAGGUACCUGGGUCACAUUUGGUUCUCAGAUCUCAGAUGAGACAGCAGAGGAUGUGCUGACAGUAGCCUAUGAGCACGGUGUAAACCUGUUUGAUACCGCCGAAGUGUAUGCCGCAGGAAAGGCUGAAAGAACCCUAGGAAACAUCCUCAAGAGCAAAGGUUGGAGGAGAUCAAGCUAUGUCAUCACCACCAAGAUUUUUUGGGGAGGACAGGCAGAAACCGAGCGAGGCUUGAGCCGCAAACACAUCAUUGAAGGCUUGCGAGGAUCCCUGGAACGCCUCCAGUUGGGAUAUGUGGACAUCGUCUUUGCCAAUCGUUCGGAUCCCAACAGUCCCAUGGAGGAGAUUGUGCGAGCCAUGACCUACGUCAUCAACCAGGGCCUGGCCCUAUACUGGGGGACAUCCCGAUGGGGGGCUGCAGAAAUCAUGGAGGCCUACUCCAUGGCCAGACAGUUCAAUCUGAUCCCUCCAGUGUGUGAACAAGCUGAGCACCACCUGUUUCAGAGAGAGAAAGUGGAGAUGCAGCUGCCAGAGCUCUACCACAAGAUUGGUGUUGGCUCAGUCACCUGGUCCCCUCUGGCCUGUGGCCUCAUCACUAGCAAGUAUGAUGGGCGAGUCUCAGAUACCUGCAGGGCCACCAUCAAGGGCUACCAGUGGCACAAAGACAAAGUGCAAAGUGAGGAUGGCAAGAAACAACAAGCCAAAGUCAUGGACCUUCUCCCCAUCGCUCACCAGCUGGGCUGCACUGUGGCACAGCUUGCUAUUGCGUGGUGUCUCCGCAGUGAAGGGGUCAGCUCGGUCUUGCUGGGGGUGUCCAGUGCGGAGCAGCUGGUGGAGCAUCUGGGCGCCCUGCAGGUGCUGAGUCAGCUGACCCCGCAGACGGUGAUGGAGAUAGACGGGCUCCUGGGCAACAAGCCUCAUCCCAAGAAAUAGUCCACCGGAGACGCAGGAACCCGAAUCCGGAGACGCAGGAACCCGAAUCCGGAGACGCAGGAACCCGAAUCCGGGGACGCAGGAACCCGAACCCGGAUCCGGUUUCGCUGCACUCCCAGAAACGCGUCCCCCGCCUCUGCCUCCCUCCCGCUCCGGAUCCCUCCACGCAGCGGCUGAGACAGGGCGACCCCGCCCACUAACGAGUUCCAGCUUUAGGUAGCGAUAGCCUGAACAAAGCCAUAUUCUCCCGCAGUGGGGCUUGAGAGGGAAAGUAGUCCGCCGCCCCCUGCUACGUCCACCUAGGCCUUCCUGCUAAUCCUGGGCAUGAGCUACUGGGCCGCCCCCUCUCUGCUACUUGGUCUCGCUCCUUUUCUCUUCCCCUAAUCGCCGAGGUCCAGGGAAAAACAAAAAGGCAUAUACAAGACCCAUGCAGAGUACCUCGAAAAGUGGCCCUUGAAAUGUCAUCAAGGAGUUGUGAGUUCUAAUAGGAAGCGAGUUGUGAUGUCACUUGGAAAAAAGGAAAUGGGACUCUUAAAUUCGUUACAAAGGAAGCCAGGCUGGUCCUGGCAGGAAGUAAAUGAUGACUUUUGGGAAACCGGGACCCUGCCUCAGCCAGGAGGUGGAAAAAGGCAUAAAACUAGAAUUCGUAUUGAUGCUUUGUUCUUGCGGAGAGGGGUAGACUGGGGAGUGCAGUAGCAAAGCAUCAGUGAGGGAAAUUUGAUGGCCAUUGUAUAGAGUGUCCUGGCGGAAGUGGCCAGGGAAGACCUUGGAAAGCACACUGGGCCUCACUUCGCAGAAAACAGUGACAGCCUUUAGGUCACGGCAGGGAAAUGGGGCUAACAUAAAAGGUCUGGGGAUAAACUUUUGAGCCUUGAGCAGGACUUCCUACCUGGCAGGGGAGGACUGUAGUCUUCCUCCUGGCAAUAAUCUUAAAGCAAUAAUGAUGGCCUCUCUUGUGCAAGACUUCCCAGGGAACUGUAAAUAAAAUCUCAGCUUGAUCAUUA